CCCAAAUGUUGUGACCAACCCGUAUGAAAUCAGGUAAUGAUACACCCUAAUAUAUCCUCUCUAUUUCCAGAUCUACGGAGCAUGGCGGAUGCUUCAUCCACCAAAAGCCCAAGAAAGAGAAGAUCACAAGAACUCAAGGUUGGCCAUGGGAUCCACCAUGCACCGGGAGCCAAGAAGGAGAAGUACUCAUGCCUGGAUCUCCUUCCUGUUGGAUUAGGGGAACCCAAGGAAGAAGAAGCCUCUAGGACUGACAACAUCAGCCUCCCAGAAGAAAUCCUUGGUACCAUCGUCUCCCUCCUUUACACCCGAGAUGCGGCUCGCACGCAGGCCAUCUCCCGCCAAUGGCUCCCGCUCUGGGGCUCCACCUCACUCAACCUUGACAUGAACGCGCUCUCCGUGCACGAACACAAGCGAAUCGACAUCGCUGGAAGUAUCCUUGCUGCUCACCGGGGUCCUGUUCAUCGCCUGGUCCUCAUCUCCGACUGCCUCGAGUGCUGCAACACGACCUUCGAGGACUGGCUCAAGUUACCUGGGAUGAAGAACAACCUCUCUCACCUUGAUUUCAGGUUCGCCACCGGCAACACCACGCCGGCCGAUCAGGCAAAUGACAUGACCUACUCGCUGGUAAUCUCUGCGCUUCGCUUCUCCUCCACCUUGGAGGUGGUAAGCUUCUCUAGCUGCUGCUUCCGUGAUGACAUGAUCAAUCAGCCACUCCAUUUCCCGAAGCUGCGGAAGCUCAACCUCCAUUCGGUCGCCACUUCGGAGGAUGCUCUCCAUGCCGUGAUUUCUGCCUGUCCAACACUGGAGAGCCUCCAUGUCAACUACACCAUCGGGCUGCGUCGCCUUCAUAGGUCUGCAUCGCUGAGGAGCAUAUGCGUAGGCACCACACAUGGCCUGAAUCAGGAGGUCGUGUUCCAAGAGGUAGUUGUCGAGGAUGCGCCCCUCCUCGAAAGAUUGAUGCCAACUUUGCUAGACGAUGGCCCUCCAAGCAUCCGGGUAAUCAGUGCACCUAGACUGCACAUAUUGGGCAUCCUGCCCAGCUUCAUCUCUAGACUUGAGAUUGGGACUGUGGUUAUUCAGGUAUCAGCAAGCUACGUGUCAGUGCCCACUGUGAAGAUUUUGGUUCUCCAGUCUGUUGGUCCAAACCUUGCUGCUGUUGUCAACAUCCUCAAAUAUUUUCCCUGCUUGGAGAAGUUGUACAUCAAAAUAACUUUGCAAAGUACUGCAAAAAAUGAGCUUCGCAAUUAUGUCCCUGGACCUGUUCACUGCCUGGAACACCAUCUUAAGAGUAUAGUGCUCAAAAGAUAUCAAGCGAAGACGCCCGUGGUUAACUUUGCCAAGUUCUUCAUUUUGAAUGCAAAAGUUCUUAAGGUAAUGAAAUUUGGUGUCCAAGACAUCACUCGUCAGAAUGAGAAAUGGAUGACUAAUCAACGCAGGAGGCUGCAGCUGGAUAAUAAAGCUUCUCAGGAUGCUCGAUUUGAUUUUGAUAGCAAAUACUGGUCUGAUUAUCUUGAAUCUACCAGGAUCGAUGAUUUUUCUGUCUCGGAUCCAUUUGAUUUGUCAUUAGACUGAUUCUGAA